UUUCCAUUGAAGUGACAAACACACACAUCUCUAGUCGUAACAAGUCGAAGAUCACAGAGAUGGCUUAUUGCUGAAUGGGGCUCCGUAGGCAUUGGCUUGGAUUGAAUGAGAAAAAUGAAAGCAACCCAGUAGGGUGAAAAUUUUGAAAACUAAAGAAGACCUAAAAGAAGGGCAUGAAGCAUAAAAUGGAAAAUGAAGAAAGCAAACAAUUAUGUGUUUCGGGUUCUAGACGCACGCGUUCUCAGGCAGCUCCAGAGUGGUCUGUAGAGGGUGCACUCAUUCUUGUGAAUGAGAUUGCUGCUAUUGAAGCAGAUUGCUCGAAUGCUUUGUCUAGCUAUCAGAUGUGGAAUAUAAUAGCGCAGAACUGCACUGCUUUGGAUAAACCGCGGACUUUGAAUCAGUGUCGGAGGAAGUGGGACUCCCUGGUAUCUGAGUACAACAAGAUCAAGCAGUGGGAGUUGCAGUGUGGGAGUGGUUUGUAUUGGUCUCUGGAAAGUGAAAGGAGAAGACAAUGUGGGCUUCCAGAAAAUUUUGACAGUGAGCUGUUCAAAGCGGUUGAUGAUCUUGUAAGGGCACGGGAGAAGAAAUCGGAUACAGACCCAGAUAGUGAUCCAGAAGCAGAGCUUGAGGUGGUUGAUGUAGCUGCAGAACUAGGGUCCAAGAGGCAAAGGCGGCGGUUAACAUCUCCAAAAAUCCGUUUAGAGGAAAAGCCUUUGAUAAGCUACAAAAAGGAAGAGCCUCCGAGAAGCCACACUGAAGAAAAGCUUCAGAAAAGACUCCUAGAAGAUCCUGAGAAUAGCCCAACGGAAGAAAGUCCUCAGGGAAGUUGCUUCAAAGAAAAGUAUCAGAAAAGCCAUGAAGAAGAUCCUGUGGAAAGCCCUAUAGAAGAGAAGUGUAACCAAAGUCAUGGUAAAGGAAAGCCUCAGAAAAGUUGGGUGGAAGAAAAGGGGACAAUUGGUAUAGAAGAACCGGAGCAAAUGAUGAUUAAGAAAUUGCAUGAGAAUGCAGAACUGAUUGACGCCAUUGUUUCUGAAAAUUUAGACUUUGGGGCUGCUGAUGUGAAGAAUGUUGAGGACUACCAAACUGAUUUUGCAAGACGUCAAGGAGACAAACUUAUCACAUGCCUCAGAGACAUUGUAAACACCCUUGAUCAGUUCAGUGAUCUUGUUCAAGAAUGUGAAUAGCUGUAUGCAUUCAGAAGUGAAAUAUAAAGCCUUUUAGUUAAGAAAUUGACGUUAAAUUUUCUAAUUAAAUGCUAGUUGUGAUGUAGUAGGUAGCUUCCAUUUCCAUGUUACUUGCAAGUGAAGAACAAAAUCAGCAAGAAUGAAUGAAUACUCUGUCCCUCCUCUGGCCUUGGUAAUUUGUGCAGUUCAAGGCUCAA